GAGGGCGGGGACAGCCGUGACGUCACCCCCGACGCCAAUUGACACGCCGUUGCUAAGAAAACGUUGGCCGGUGAAACUCAUCCGUUGGCGGAGAUAUCGAGUUCUUCUGAUGGACGCGUCACGGGGUGAAAAUGGCCGGUGGAUACGUCGGAGAGGAAUGGAUUAGUUGGCGUCGCCGGUGUGGAUUCGUGACAGCAAAUCCACUCCGAGACCAUUAAUCCCACCGAGACCUCUGUAGGACGGCUUACCUCCUAAUAUAGCGAGCGGUCAGCGUACGCAAGAACGAGCGUCACUCCCUUGCGCCGGAAAUGUUCCCGCCUCCGCAACCCUCGGUGCCCGGUCCUCCCCGCCGGCGACCUUUGGCAUCCCAGGCAGCACAUAUAUACCCUGGCGAGACACGCUGGGGUAUCAGUGUUUGACCGAGAAGCACUUUGCAUACUCGAAGGAGAAAGCGAACUUGACCGUCCAGUGCUGGUUUAUUUCCGAGGUUUAUUUUUGGUCGUGACACCGUGAAAGUUCUCGCCAAGAUGAAGAUGCUGGUGAUGUUUUCCUUCCUCGUGGCCUGUGCCGUCUCCGCUCCCCAAGGUGGACGAUCCACAAACUUCCUCGUGGAAUACCGCGACAGGAAACCGAGCGUUCCCGAAAUCGAAGUGAUCCCGGUGGACGCAUCCGCACCCGAGAAUCCGUCGGCAGGACUUUACGAAAUUAAUGAGAUCGCCCCGACAGAGACCCCCACGACCAGCUGGUUCAGGAGGUGGCUGCGUCGCAUUUUGGGUCGCAAGCCUUCCACGCCCACCACUCUUGCUCCCACGCCCACUGCGCCCGCCACCACGACCCCCCGCCCACGCAGCCUCCACGGGGACACGGACGUCAACUACCUCGGCCCCAUUCCCCGUGAGAAUCCUGACGCAGAGAUCUUUGACAUCGAGCUCGUGAGAGAAGAUGCGCUGAGACACUCCUCCGGCCUCGCCCAGCCGAUGAUGUCACAGCCAAUCAGAGCGCAGCCAAUGAUGUCACAGCCAAUCAGAGCGCAGCCGAUGAUGUCACAGCCAAUUCGCAGCCAGUGAUGUCACAGCCAAUCAGAGCGCAGCCGAUGAUGUCACAGCCAAUUAGGUCGCUGCCCAUGAUGUCACAGCCAAUCAGAUCACCAUGAUGUCAC